UUUGAUAUAUUUAUUGUUUACUUCCUGUACAUAGUAAAUCUUGGAGUAAAGGACUAUGGAGGUUCCAGGGAAGAAAUUGCAAGCAAGACCAUCUGCAGCAGACACAACCUACUGCCAGCCCUGUGAACAAGAUGACGAAAUCCUCCCUGCUGAGGCUUUCUGCACCGUUUGCAAAGAGUUCUUCUGCUCAAAAUGCGCAAGUCUCCAUAGAAAACAGAAGAUUUCUAGAUCGCAUAACCUUCUUGACAAAUCCAAUAUGCCUACAUAUAUAGUUGGCCACGAGGAUAACCACGGAUACACAGAACCUUGUAAGACCCAUCCAGAAGAGUCUAUCAAAUACUUUUGCAGCGCCCAUCAGACCCUGAUUUGUGGACACUGUGCAGUACAGAACCAUCGAUCGUGUCAUGCUGAUGUCAUAUCAGAUAUUUCCAAGGCCUUCAAAGAUGACCAAGAGUAUGGAGAUGUCAUAAAAACAAUUGCUAGGUUGUUUGAAGACAUUGAUUUAUGCGCGUCUGAUGUGAAGAAAAACGUUGACGUUGUAGCAAAGUUAGGUAAAAAUGAAGUAUACAAGCUGAGAAGAUAUCGAGAGGAAGUAAACAAAUAUUUUGAAGUAAGAGAACAAGAACUGUUAAAGCUUAUAGAGAAGACGAAACACAUGGAUGAAGAACUACUAGAGUCUCUGAAACCGAAAUAUACAAACCUUAAGUCCAAGCUAGAAGAAAUAAAUGUUAAACUUUCAGCAGAAGAAAAUAACAUAAUACAGUUGUUUAUAGAGACCAAAAAAGCUAAGAAGCUAUUAGGAGGUCUACAGAAUGACCUUGCUGACAUUAAAAAGGACAACGUAAUUCACCACUACGAAUUCAGAAAGGAUCCAACUACAGAGCGUCUUAUUGCAUCUGACACUGGCCUUGGGACUUUAGAAAACAUUGUGACUGAACCGCACAAGAUAGCAUCCGCAUCAGAGAGCGACCAUGGCAUAAAAGGACUCACAGUUCAGGGAGAUGGCACAAGGGAAAAUUUGGGAAUUUCCAGACCUACAGUGGGUCAGGCCACUGUAGACCUGACUAUAUUACGGUUUACAUCAGCUAUGGUCAUCCCAAUGACGUCCCCAACUGACAACAAGGACUGCCACUUGUCUAGCAUGCUCAACCUUACCGGAUCCAGACUGCUGAUAGCUGACUCAAACAACAACAAAGUCAAGGUUGUGGACAUGCAGACCAACAGCCUGGUCUCCCAGAUUAGUGUACCGGGUCAGCCAUGGGACAUAUGUCUUCUUCCCAGGGACAGGGUGGCUGUUACUAUGACCUUAUCGGGUGUUCAGUUCCUUGCGACUGGAGGACAACUCGCUAUUGGUGACCAUUUCGAAGUUGAUGGUGACUGCCGAGGUAUUGCUUACCAUAAAGAAAGGUUGAUAGUGUCCUUCAAAUAUGGAAAGGUAGCGGUACUAAAUAUGAACGGACAUGUUAUAGGGCAAAUAGAAAGAGAUAGCAAUGGAAAGGAAUUGUUCCAAUGUCCAAUCUAUUUAACAUUGGUGUGUGAAGAAUCGACUGAUUUCAUCUACAUAUCAGACACGAGCAGGGACACAAUCACAAAGCUCGACAUGAACCUGAACAUCAUCAAGACGUUCCAGGAGCCUUCAUUGAAAGGUCCAAGAAGUAUCACGGCACUCGGGGACCAACUGUUAAUCUCUGGUUACAGAAGUAACAACAUUAUGAUUCUUGAUUUGUCAACUGGUCAGAUGACACUGACCGGGAAGAAGGAGGGGAUAGGAAAACCAUUGUUUGCUUAUUGCUUUCCACAACAGGGCAAACUUCUUGUCACGGAAGUCUUCAACAAUUCAUUAAAGGUGUUCAAUACAAUCGCAUAAUGCCAGCCAAUGGGGUGAAAUGGUCCGAAACAUCGACUUAUUGUUCACUUACCCCUUGCCAUUUAGUUGAUGCAUUCUAAUGAGAAUGUUACGUGGACUACUUCAUGGAAACGAUUUUUCAUGACGUUAUUUGUAUUGAACACCGGAUCGUUAUAGUUUUUAGUAAAGAACACGUACUCAAUAUGAUUUGAUGAUUUGGCUUUGUGUGCAUUUUGAAUGCGGUGCGUACAAAUCCAAAUAUUUUUCAAAUGUCAUCGAAAAUAUAGCAUUAAUAUUCUACCAGAAAGAAAUGUUACAUUAUGUGCAAUGUAAGUUCCCUUUAGCUGCAAUUACCUAUCUGAAAUAAAGACUAUCAGUAUACAUGUUUUCUUAAUUGGGUUGGAAUCCAUGGCUUGGAUUUGUUAUCAAUUAUCCAAAAAGAAACCACUGACUUUCAAUGUAUGAUAUUGUACCAUGUUUUCGCUGUCUUUUUUGUAUUUCUCUUGUCAUUGGCAUCUCUUUUGAUAUUUGUCGUAACUUUAAAUAUCUUAAAUCUCCAGGAACAACACUGAUACCAACAUAGUGAUUUUAUUUAUUUCAGAGUUUUAAUCUACAGUUUAAAUGAAACGGGCCCAAGGAUCUGAUAUUGUGUUCCAAUUAUGGAUAUAUGGCAUUGACCUGCCUGUAUAUAAACAACAUAGAAUUGCGAUAGUUUGGCACGGCAUUACUUGUUCUAAAUAUAGUGUCUGUUUCAUUAGAGAAAGUCUUGACAAAAAUAUUCUUAAGACAAUAUACAAAGUGGCGAUAAGUUUAGUUUUUAUUUCCUCGGCUAUUCUCUUUAAAUACCCGCUACAGUUCAACGCACACAUAUAUGUUGCAAAAUAUAGAUUAUAUAAUUUCAGUUCACGACCAGGAUCAAAAUAGAUGAACGUUAGCGUUAGUAAGGACAAUUAGGGGA